CAAAGACUUGGAAACUGAUAGCCUCCUCCUGGAGCACAAAACCGAUGGUGUAGUAAGUGUGGAGUGGUCUGAUAUUGGAGACUAUCUUUACUACACUUGUAGUGAUGCAGCCACAAGGUUUUGUUGCGGAACUUGCGAUCUAAAGACGAUGACAUUGCAAUUUAUUACGACGACAAUCCAAAGAACUUUGUUGAUGUUACAAGAACCAAAAACUGGCAGUACGUUUUGAUUAAUGUCAACUCAAAGAUGUCCUCUAAGAUCCGAAAACUUCAGCCACAACGUUGCGGAAAGUUGCAGAUAGAGUUGAUGGAAUCCAGUAUUUCGUGGAACACCAUGAAGAGCACCUGUAUAUUCUUACCAAUUUUUUGGGCGACAAGAAGCUAGUGUCGUUAGGAAACAACUAUCGGCUUGUCCGCUGCAAGACAGAUAGCUUGACCUCGAGGAGGUUGUCCCAGUCGACAGCGAAAAUUGGAUAGAGGAUAUGGAUAUUUUUGCAAAGCAUUUGAUCUUAUACAGACGACAAAAUGGUCUUCCCAUUGUGCAUGUUAUCAACCUGGAUAGCCUGAAAACUCCUCCUUGGACUGUAAACCUUCCCUCCGGGAUAACAGUUCUUACUCCUGGAGCAAACUGUGACUUCAAUUCGUCUACUCUACGGCUGUCGAUAUCUUCACUGGUGAAAUAGCGGGGCCACGUACAUUGGAGCACAUGGUUGAUGUUUGUCUUCACUUGGAGGGAGACCGUCUUUUGUCUCAACGGCUUCUAAGAUCACUAAAAAAUCGCUUCGCUUAUACGAAAGAGGUCGGCGUGUUUGAGGUGGUCGACAACGGUUUACGAGCGGUAGAAAAUCCCAGUUUGAUGUUUCUUUCUGAUAGAACUGGGGAGGACAGUAAUGCAUCAGCCACCGUUGGUGGCUUUGGAAGGAUCUCGGCCGCUGCUGGUUGAAAUCCAGGCCUUAUGCUCUCCUGCCACUUCACUGCCAAGUAAAAGAACGUUCACUGGAGUGGAUCCAUUUCGAUUCAAUCUGAUUGUUGCAGUCUUACUCAAACAAGCGCGCUUGAGACUUGCAAGACAGGAUAUUUUUGUUAAUGUCGUUGGAGGCUUUCGUUUGGAAGAGCCCGCCACAGAUAUUGCUGUUGCCGUCGCUAUUGCCAGCAGCUAUAUAGAAAGGCCGGUUCCUCGGGACACAGUCUUCGUUGGUGAGCUAGGACUCGGGGGAGAGCUGCGCUUUGAACGUUCUUACGUGGUUUCUCACUUUUCAAUGCUGGAAAUUCCGUCCAUGCAGGUAGCUCAACUCGAAAGGCGAGUGUUUGAGGCAUCCAAGCUGGGUUUCAAGAAAUGCAUCGUCCCACAGGGUGCUAAAGGAGUUAAGAAAGUCUUCAACUACAAGAGCCUGCCCCAGCAGCGAAAGAGUGGAGCCACGGUUCAUUUGGAUGCGUUUCCGGAAGAAGACGGGGUGUGUGGUGAGGUCCAAGUCGGUCAGGAAUCUCUUGACGAUGAUCUUGCUAAUGAGUAAUAAGCUUUUGCAUCGUAACAUUUUAAUCUCACAGGUGUACAUAUAAUCUAGGAGCUUAUACGAAUUGUAAAUAACCA